AUGGGUGAACCAACGGUCAACGGAGAUAAGGUCCAUUCUCAGUUCCUUGAUCACCUGUCCUCUUAUCCCUUCGUCUCAGACUCCAUUGCGAUCUUCAAGGGUAAUAAGUACGGUGCAAAGUCGCUGGAGUAUGCAGACCAGGGCCUGAAUCUAGCCAAACCCGUCUUCCCCUACCUAUCCAAGCCCUACGCCUAUAUCGCCCCCUACGUCGCCAAAGCGGACACCCUGGGUGACCAAGGACUGUCCAAGAUCGACACCAGGUUCCCCUUCGUCAAGGAAAACACCGAGAAGGUUAAGGGAGUCGUCUAUGACAAUGCAUAUCUCCCGGUGAAGAUCGUCAGCGAUGUUAGGCAACACAUCUGGGAUGUUUAUAGCGAGGCGUACAAGAACUCCGGCGGCGGCGGUGUCGUGGCGUCCAGCAAGGCUCUCAUUACGGCCGGCUUUGUCCUGUCCCAGGAGUCGUUGGCCUGGCUUGGUUCCUUCCUGCAGACGAGGAAAGAACAGGCCAGAAAUGCCGUCAAUGAGAAGACGAGCAGCUAG